CGAAUACAACAGAGUUCAAAUUGAGUCCCGCUAAAUAAAUUGUUUAACUUCAAUCUUCUUCUUCAUUUCGUCUAGUUGCAUCAACCGGCUCCUUACUACACCCCCACUAUUACACACUCCACCCCCCUAAAACACUAUAUGUGAAGAAUCAGAACAACUCUUCUUCUCUCUCGUCCCUUGCGAGUCUCUCUCUCACUCUCUCCCUAACCACACAUACCGCUCUCUCUCUCUCUCUCUCUCUCUCGCCCCUGCUCACUCUCUCUUAGUUCUCACAGUCUCACUCACUCUAAGCCAUGGAAGCUGCAGUAAUUGAUGCCGGUUCCAGUCUCCUCAAAGCCGGAUUUGCUAUUCCCGAUCAAACUCCUGCCAUGAUAAUUCCUAGUCAGAUGAAACGAAUGGUUGAUGAAACAAAUGAUAAUGGUAAUGGUCAGUUGGUGGUGGAUGAUGUCGCGGUUGAGCCAGUGGUAAGAGGUUAUGUUAGAGAUUGGGAUGCUAUGGAGGAUUUGUUGAAUUAUGUUUUGUACAGUGGACUUGGAUGGGAAAUUGGUAAUGAGGGACAAAUAUUGUUUACAGAUCCACUUUGUACCCCAAAGGCUAACAAAGAACAGUUAGUGCAACUUAUGUUUGAAACGUUCAACAUAUCAGGGUUUUAUGCCUCGGAACAGGCAGUUUUAUCACUCUAUGCCGUGGGUAGGAUCUCUGGAUGCACAGUUGACAUUGGUCAUGGAAAAAUAGAUAUUGCUCCAGUAAUUGAGGGUGCUGUUAACCACAUUGCCUCAAGAAGAUUUGAGUUUGGAGGUACUGAUCUAACUAAUUUCCUGGCUCAAGAACUUGGCAAAUCCAAUCCACUAGUGAAUAUCAGCAUAUCUGAUGUCGAGAAAAUAAAACAGCAAUACUCAUGUUGUGCUGAAGAUGACUUAGCUUAUCAAAAGACAGAAGACUCUUGUCCUGUGGAAACACAUACCCUUCCUGAUGGACAGGUGAUAACAAUUGGAAGAGAAAGAUAUACAGUUGGUGAAGCUUUAUUCCAGCCAAGUCUAUUGGGGUUAGAGACUCAUGGGAUUGUAGAGCAGCUUGUCCGUACUAUUUCAACCGUGACAUCUGAUAAUCAUCGGCAACUUCUGGAAAAUACUGUAGUUUGUGGCGGCACUUCUUCCAUGACUGGUUUUGAAGACAGAUUUCAGAAGGAAUCUUUGCUAUGUUCAUCUGCCGUUCGACCUACCUUGGUUAAGCCUCCGGAAUAUAUGCCUGAAAAUUUGACCAUGUAUUCUGCAUGGGUGGGAGGUGCCAUACUUGCCAAAGUAGUUUUUCCUCAAAAUCAGCACGUAACUAAGGCAGACUAUGACGAAAACGGGCCUUCCAUUGUUCACCGGAAAUGCUUCUGAAGGAAUGUUUUUGUACAAUAUCUUCAAAUAGCUUGUUCUAUUACACUUAUGUUAGAACAUGCGAUAGGUCUUCAUUUGACGUCAGAUUCUAUAUGCUAGUCUUGCUAGAUGUGUACUUGUAUGAAUUUUAGAAACUAUGCAGUGGAUCUACGUUAAUUAAACUAGUUUGUAUUUCUGUUUACCAGUGUUUAGGCACCAAAUGUAGACGAUUUCAGUAAAAUCUUGGUUUGAAAAAAUCAUUAAAACGUGUAAUAUGCAGCAAUAUCAGUUUGCUUAUCUUGUAAUGAGUAGAGCCUGCAAGAAAUGAAGUUUCCUCGGUGAUAUGUACUUGCACAUUUCUUACAA